CCUGAGUGCAAAUACAAAGACACUUAAGAUGAAGAGUAAUCAGGUACAGGUGUUGCUGCAGUUGGAAGCAUAGAUUUUGACUGUGCUCAUGUUUGUGCUUGAUGUGGAAAAUUUUGGACUUUGCAGCAAUGCAUUUUGCUCCCAGGGAGACACCCGAGGACCCCUGUCGGAGCUGUCUGGAGUGUUCCAGUGACAAUGGCUGUGUGCGUUGCCCAGAGCGACUCUUCCUAUUCCUGGAGAGGGCGGGGAUGUCUCACCAUGGAACCUGUCUCCACGCCUGCCCCACGGGACACUACGGACAGAGAGGGAAGGACAUCAACCGCUGCAUGAAGUGUCGCUCGUUGGACUGUGAGCACUGUUUCAGCCGGGACUUCUGCACUAAGUGUAAGUCUGGCUUCCAGCUGUACAAAGGCAAGUGUCUGACCCACUGCCCAGAGGGAACCAUCACCCACCAGACAGACUGCCUCGAGGAUUGUACCCAGGCUUCAUUGGGAGAGUGGAGCGACUGGAGUGUCUGUCUCCGUGAUGGCGUCACCUGUGGCUUUAGGUGGGGCAUUCAGACCAGGACCCGGGGGGGUGGGCAUUCCGGGAGAACACCUGAAGAGAAAGAAGCAUCUAUUUGCCCGUUCCACAGCGAGACACAGAGGUGCAGGAUGAAGAAAAAAUGUCCUACAGAAAGAGGAACAAAUAAAAAAGGAGGACUUGGACGGAAGAGGGAAAGAAAACGAUUACGGCUGCACGCCAGCUCGCAGAACGGAACAACAGACGCUGCCCGUGAACACGACGAUCCGUGAAGACGAGGUGGACACAGCCUGAGACGCACAGCUCUCCAUGACACCUGAUACGUGUUGGAAUAUCAGCUGCAGUUUUGAAAUCUGACACCAAAUCAUUGUUUAUUAUUGUUUCCAAUCAGCCUGUAUUAUAUGAAAUGUUAUUAAAAUGCAUUCAUCAGAAUUUAGUUUACUGGAAACUCAAAAUUAAGAAAUAAAAGUUAACUAAAAUUC